ACAAUAAAUCUGGAGCGAUACAGACGCUUUUGCGUGUGUUCUACGUCGUCUGUGUGUUAUAAGUUUGGUACCAUUGCAACCAGCAUUUGCAGAAUUCUGCGAGAUUUUAGUUUUCUCCAAUUCAAGAUACAGGAGACGAUCGUGUCUUGCUGUUUAUAUUAGCAGAACUAAACAAUGCGGGUUUCAAUGUUAAUUUCGUUGAUCAGGCCGAUUGUGCCGGUUGUUAUUGGUAUCUCAUUGGGGUUUACUUUGAGUCUGUUAAGUGUGACCUGGGUUGAGGAGCCCUGCAGUAACCCUGACUGGAAACGACGCGAUGAAGUUGCGUUGGAGGUGGAUGAAAACCCCUACUCUCUUCCUGCGGGCAGCUUGCAAAAUGGGGAAAAUGUGGAGGAUUUUGAACCCAGAAUUGUGCCAUAUAAACCCGUUCAACAACAAACUCCACCAAAAAAUUUUUACAGGGCAAAAUACAUCAGCACCGAGCUCGGCAUCCGGGAACGACUUUUUGCUGGGGUUCUUACAUCCAAAAACACCAUGAACACCAUGGCUGUUGCAGUAAACCGAACCAUCAGACACCACUUGGACAAUGUUGUCUAUUUCACUGGGAUGCGAAACAGAAAAAUCCCCCACGGGAUGUUUGUGGUGACCCAUGGCGAUGAACGACUCAUCUGGAACAUGUUCCAAACCAUUCGGUAUGUCCUUGAACAUUACAUCAACGAAUAUGACUGGUUCUACUUUGUUCAAGAUGACACCUAUAUUCAAGCGGACCGCAUCAAAUCACUUGUUGGGCACCUAAGUAUUCAUACAGAUCUGUACAUGGGCAGCCCAGAGGAGUUCAUUGGCGGUGAGACAGAGGGAAGAUACUGUUAUGGUGGGUUUGGCUAUCUACUGUCGCGGACUUUGCUCCUCAAACUGCAGCCAAAUUUGGAGAGCUGCCGUAAUGAUAUCCUGAGCAGUAGGCCCGAUGAGUGGCUGGGACGCUGCAUAAUUGAUUACAGCAACGUAAACUGCGUAGAUCAACAGGAGGGACUUCACUACCAACGGUUUGAGAUGGGCAAAAAUUCAGACCCAAAUAAGGAGGAAGACAUACGGUUCAAGAAUGCAUUCACUGUUCACCCUGUAUUAGAUCCAGCACAGAUGUACAGAUUGCACAAAUACUUCACUGAAAUUGAACUGCAGAGGACUUAUGAAGAAAUUGAGAAGUUACAGGCUGAAAUCAAAAACACCAGUGAGGUUGCGUUUGAUGGAAAUCGAAGUGCCCAUUGGCCUAUUGGUAUCAAUCCACCAUUCGAGCCAAAAACCCGGUUUGAAGUUCUUCGAUGGGAGUAUUUCACAGAAGACCAGGUUUACACCUGCAAAGAUGGUUCCCCAAAAUGUGAGCUUCAGGGGAUUGACAAAGCAGAUGUCACAAAUGUUAUUGAGAUAGCAAUGGGGGAACUGAACAAAAAAUAUAAGCCAGUGCUUCAUCUGAAGAAACAUCAGCUUAUUAAUGGCUACAGGCGUUUUGACCCAACACGUGGCAUGGAGUACACCUUAGACCUUCAGCUUGAGGUUGUGAACCAGAAGGGACGAAGCCGUUCCAUUACUAAGCGUGUCCACCUUGUACGGCCCUUGAGCGACGUUGAGAUUAUUCCUAUGCCUUAUGUGACAGAAGCUACCCGAGUUCACAUAAUUCUGGCAGUGACUGUUCAUGAUCGUGAUUACGUGAACCAGUUUCUUGAAGUAUAUGCCACUAAUUUCUUUGAGAUGAGCGAAAAUGCUAUUUUGUCUUUCUUGUUCAUAUAUGACCCUUUUCAGGCUCAGCAGGUCAACCAAAAUGACAUUUUUGCAAAUGUUAAAGCCAAGAUUACAGCAUAUGAACGCAAAUACCCUGUAACAAAGAUACCGUGGAUCAGUGUUAAAACUGAAGCCCCUUCUCAAAUUAAGAUCAUGGACAUCAUCUCUAAGAAGCACCCAGUAGACACUUUGUUCUUUGUGGCAAAUGUCAACACCAAUGUCAAUUCUGAAUUCCUCAACCGCUGCCGCAUGAACACUAUUAACAACUGGCAGGUCUUUUUUCCAAUCCAUUUCCAAGACUACAACCUUGAUAUUGCUUAUCACAACCAACAGCCUCCUCCCACUAUAGACCUGAUCAGAGAUGCUGGCCACUUUGACCGAGAUGUCUUUGAUGAGGCAUGUUUCUAUAAUUCUGAUUAUAUGGCAGCAAGAACAAAGAUGGUCACUGAUGUACAGGAGAAUGAGGAGAUCUUGGAAGCCCUUGAUGUCUAUGACAUGUUCAUCAAGUAUUCCAACCUUCAUGUCUUCCGAGCAAUUGAACCUGCAUUACACCAAAAAUACAGACACAAGGUCUGUAAUCCUCGACUUGGUGAGGAGAUCUACCACCGAUGUGUACAAAGCAAUCUAGAGGGCCUUGGCUCGCGCUCUCAGCUUGCCAUGUUAUUAUUUGAACAAGAGCAAGGGAACAGUACUUGACCAAAUAUAAAAAUGCAAAGUCCAGGGUGUGCUUUUUAAGAAACAUUCAUAUAUAUAUAUAUUUUUUUUUUCUUGAGUAAAGUUUACAGUGCAGAACAUUCCAGAGGAAGACAUACUUUCCAUUUGCAUUGAACAUUAUUUGUGUUCUUUACAAAACACUGAAUUGACAGGCUGGUGCAUCUUUGUUCAGCAGUUAAUUUUUAAAUUACUACCCAGCAUUUUUCCUUUUGGAAGGGAUAUUUAAUGGGCAGGGUUUCCAGUCUUUUAUGGGACAUUUUCUGUUUUCUACCCAUGUAUGGUCUUUUUCAGCUGUGGUUUUCUGAAGGUACAACUGUAAAAAAAAAAAAAAAAAAAAAGUGCAGCUUUGCAUCUAAAAUAAGCUAACUUUAAAAUGGUAGCUUACAGGAUGCUUUGAGUUACUUAUUUUUUAGUUUUUUUUUUUUUAAUAUGAUACUUGUCUUACAUACAGACAUUCCAUUGACUUGCUUUCAUCAUCCAAAGCUUUAUAGCGAGAGUGAAAUAGGUUUAAAAUCUAUGCUAACUUCUUAGACGCAAUAACUUUUUUAUACUCUGUGGUUUGUAACUACUUUUUUAUCAGACUUUAAAUAACCCACACUGGCACUGACCUACCAUAUAAAAAUAUAUAUUGAAGAGAAACAUAUGAGUCAUUUAAGUAUGCUAAAUCUCCUUUUUGCCUCUUCAAAUAUAAAUACAGUCCAAAAUUCCAAAGCUGGAACUACUGUAGGGCAAACCAGCAGGUUUAAAUUUAUGGAAUUGCCAAGAUAAGUAAUUUAAAGUAAGCAGAUACAAUACAUAUUGGCCGCCUUCUAAAUACAUGCAUUUAUUGCUUUAAUUCUCACACUCUUAUUUCAUAUUAAAGGCACCACAUUGAUAAUAGAAAUUAUGUUAGUUGUAGGAAAUGCCUCAAUCCUGAUACAAAUUUGUUUAAAAAAAAAAAUAAAAAAUACAUAAUUCUUUUUUUUUUUUUUUUUAACAUUCCAACUUAGUUUUUUUGAAGUUUAGCAUGUUCCUCAGAAUGUGCUGGUAGCAUGUUCCUCAGAAUGUGCUGCUUGCCUGUUUAUGGUAGCGGGAUGGUCUGCCUUUCCGCACAUUGAAGCACUGUGUUUAAUAUCUAUUCAUGUUUUGAACUUCUGGCUCCCUGUUAAAAAUGUAGUCUUGCCUGCCCAUCAGUUCCCCUGCAUCCUGAUAAAACGUGUAAAAACAUGGAUAUCUUUUUUUUUUUUUUUUUUUUUUUUAAGUCAAACUUUUAAGCCUGGGGAAAUCUUUUAGCCACUGUUGGUUGAACUUGAAUUUUACAACUGUGAACACGCUGUAACUAAGUCGAAGUUCCCUGUUCACUUUCAUCUUCUGACAUGCCUGCAUUGCUAAUUUUUUGUAAAGACGCCGACAUCUAUGAAUUUGUUAUUUUCUUCAUCUUUGUUGACAAACUGUCUGAAAACGAGUAGCCAUCGCACUGAUAAAGCAGUGCAAUUGGCGAGGUAUGGGAUUUGUAGUUUUUAAUGUAUGAUUAACUACAUUCCCAGUAUACAUUACAAUUGAGCUAUGAGUUUAGAUUCGACUGAGUUUUUUUCUUUUGUUUUAUACUUUUCAUCUGAAAAAAUAAAUCACGUUUAUUGUUUAUAGUCAACCUUUAGGAAUUUCUAGUCCCAUAUGUGCGCCUAAAUUAAAAUGUACGCUCACACAAGCAUUUUGUUAGUCUAUGCAGAAACUGUUGGGAUAUUUUCAUCUGUGCUAUUGUUGGACAACACAGAAGGCUCUGCCCGUCAGCUGAAACAAAAACUGUUGUAUGCUAGUGCUUGUUUUGAUUUGUCCCGAGAGCCACCGAAAAUCCACCCGUGGAUCGCGAUCCAUGUAUUGGCCACUGCUGUCCUAUACAGAUGCUUAGAAUGAGCUGGAGGGGUUAGUGGCACAUGUGUGCAUUCUAUUGCUCCCAACACCCUGGGAAAACAAGAAAUGUCACAGAAAUUUGUUUAAGGCUUAUAAGUACACCCUGACUUUAGUGAAAAUUAGGUACUUGGAUGUUCACCUCAAAAAUGCAUCAAGCACAACUGGCAACGCAAGAGAAAAAGUGGACUGGGAAAUGCCAGCAAAAAUUGUGACUGUUUAAAACAUGCUUUCAAAAGUUCUUAACAAAUUGAUGCAAUUGUAAGUGUCGCAAUUGCCCGCAGCUUUAGUACAUCUCAUUAUAAUAUUUUUGAUCUCUCAUUUGCACUCUCAUCUCCACCCUGUUUUUGCGAAUUUCUGCAUGAACGCCCAGAAUUACAUAUUCAUUUAAGGCUAAAGCGCAAAUAACUGCGACUGCAAAGCAUUCGUUAAAAUGAUGCAAACAGCGUUGCGUUUGUUUAGUACAUUUCACGCUACACAUCCUUCUGGUUUGCAACGAUUGCAACAGACACAACACUUUAGUACAACUACCCCAUAGUGUGUCUGUGUUAAUGGUGAUUGCUGCUGCUGUUUUGUUGUAUGGUAUUGUUCCAUUUUCUGAGCUGUUCGUUUGGGCACUGAUCCUGUUGCACUGUUUGACAAGAGGGGAGCAAGUUGCUCCCAAUACACCCGUGCAAUAUUUUGGAAGGAGAAACUUGCCAGGUACAUUUUUAUCAAAGGUAUAAUAACGGUUACAUUGGACAGUUCCAAUUUAAAAAAAUCAUCAUACUGACUAUAUUCAGUAACUUGAUUUCAGAGGUAAUAUAUAUAAACGUGUUAAUGUAAAGCAGUUGUAGCAUUAGCAGUUUUAUUGAAAGACUGUAUGCUUUAAAAUGACAUGCAGGAGUGGAAAUGAGUCGGUACAACUGGUGUCCAACCAUACAGCUUCUUGAUAACUCUUUGUGAGUAAUGUAUAAAUAUAAAUGCAAGUUAACGUGCAUGACAUUCAUAUGUACAAAUAGUUUUUCACACUCAAACAUCUUUGCCAAAUUUGUUUAUUAGUUCCAUACACUUUCUAUGGUAAAGCAGCUUUUCUUCAUUAUUCUGUGUUUGUUUUAUCAACUAAUGAUUUUGCUCUUGUUUUGUUUUUGUAUGUUUAUUCAAUGAAAUAACACGGAGACCCUUGCUACAGAAGGCACUGUUUCAUUUGAUUAACAGCACUAGCAAUGUAUGCAUAAACUUGUGUGGUUUUUUAAAUUUUUUUUUUAUUUUGGCAAUCCUUGUAUAAAAAUAUUGAUGGUUGAGACUUGAUUGUGACUUACAGGGUGCAGGUUUUCUUUGGUGAAGGAAAACAAUAUAUUUGUUUACAUCUAGCAAUAUGUUUCUAAAUAUAUGUACUUGUUAAGCACUGAGAUUUUUUUUUUUCUAGAACUACAAUAUUUACCGUCCUAGAUGUGUAAACUGUUGUGAAGGCAGUACCUGCAACCAGAAAUGGCAUCUGAAAGCCAUGUCUUGAAACAGGUAUUUCAGUACAUUGAAGUACAUGUGACAUUGCCAGUAGUCCCAGAAUCUACAUUGGGCUAAAUAAGGAAGAUAUAUUUUUCAUUUUAAGUCAGUGUUUUGAUAAGUACAUGCAACUGGGGUGUAUUUGUUUGAUUGUUCCCACAGCAAUACUAAACUGUGUUAAGAACAUUGUAUAAUUGUUACUCUAUUCUGUACCAAGCCAGUUCCACAAGAUGAUGGUUAACAUGGCCACAGAGAUACAGAAAUGAAAUAUGUAUUUUGUAUUUAAUACAAACUUUGUAAAAUGGGAUCUUCGUAGCACUGAGUAGUGCUAAAAAAAACCUAAUGUAAUGGUGGGUUAUACAGACAUCUGUACAAAAAUGUAAUUAAAUGGAAAAAAUAUAUUUGAAACACAAUAGUAGGAGUACAGUAUAAGUUUGUAGAAACAAUGUCUGUGUGAAUCCCUAAAGUACAAAUGAUCCUUAUACAGAAAAUCCUUAGACGAUAUUCUGUCAUGUUCAGAUUUUGUUUAAAGAAUCAAAUGCCAAAGAAAUUAGUUUUGAGAAAAGUGGGUGUGGGAUUUGUGAAUACAUUGUCAUCUGAAGACUGGAUUUUAAAAUGCAGUAAGCAGGACAAUGGCAUUUUGUGGGCUUUUAAUAAUGUUCUUGCAUUUUCCCAUUGUAUAGUUUUCUUCCCUUGCCGCAUUUGAAGAUCAGGAGCUUGCAAGUAGUAACUCGGUGUUUGAAUAAGUUUAGAUUUAAUAGUUUAUUUAUGUAUAUUUUAUUUUAAAAAAUAUGUAUUGUUACCAUGCUGGAUUGGUGAAUACAACUAGAGGGGAUUUUAUAUUAUGCAACAACAAACUAUUGAAAUGAAUAUUCUCUGAUUUGUCCUGAAGGAGUUGAAAUCAAAGAUACAGACCCUAAACUGAUAUGUGUUUUGAUACUAAAAACAUAUAGCAUUUUUUUAUCAAGAUCAUUGAAUACAAGUCUGUAAACUAUCACUUUACCAAAAACUUGAUAGAAUGACUGUGAAUUUUGUAACUCUAAAUCAUUAAAGGUUAUUUAAUAUUGA